GGCGGCAGCAGCGGCGGCGGGCUUGGAGCUGCCGGGCGGGAGCGGCGUGGGCGCGGGGUCACUAGCAACGCAGACCUGGACAUGGAGCCGCCCGGCGGGGGCCUGGGACCCGGCCGCGGGACCCGGGACAAGAAGAAGGGCCGGAACCCGGACGAGCUGCCUUCGGCAGGCGGCGACGGCGGCAAAUCCAAGAAAUUUACUCUGAAGAGACUCAUGGCAGAUGAGCUGGAGAGAUUUACCAGCAUGAGAAGUAAGAAGGAGAAAGAAAAACCCAAUUCUGCUCAUAGAAAUUCUUCUGCAUUUUAUGGGGAUGAUCCCACAGCACAGUCAUUGCAAGAUGUUUCAGAUGAGCAAGUUCUAGUACUUUUUGAACAGAUGCUGCUGGAUAUGAACCUGAAUGAGGAGAAACAGCAGCCUUUGAGAGAGAAGGACAUUAUCAUCAAGAGAGAGAUGGUGUCCCAGUACUUACACACCUCCAAGGCUGGCAUGAGCCAGAAGGAGAGCUCUAGGUCAGCCGUGAUGUACAUUCAGGAGUUGAGGUCAGGCUUGCGGGAUAUGCCUCUGCUCAGCUGCCUGGAGUCCCUUCGUGUCUCCCUCAACAACAACCCUGUCAGUUGGGUCCAAACAUUUGGUGCUGAGGGCCUGGCCUCCUUAUUGGACAUCCUUAAACGACUUCAUGAUGAGAAGGAGGAGACUGCUGGAGGCUAUGACAGCCGUAACAAGCAUGAGAUCAUUCGCUGCUUGAAAGCUUUUAUGAAUAACAAGUUUGGAAUCAAGACGAUGUUGGAGACAGAAGAAGGAAUUCUGCUGCUGGUCAGAGCCAUGGAUCCUGCUGUUCCCAACAUGAUGAUUGAUGCUGCUAAGCUGCUCUCUGCUCUCUGUAUCCUGCCGCAGCCAGAGGACAUGAAUGAAAGGGUUUUGGAGGCGAUGACAGAAAGAGCUGAAAUGGAUGAGGUGGAACGUUUUCAGCCACUGCUGGAUGGAUUAAAAAGUGGGACCUCCAUUGCUCUCAAGGUAGGAUGCCUACAGCUCAUCAAUGCUCUCAUCACACCAGCUGAAGAACUUGAUUUCCGAGUUCACAUCCGAAGUGAACUGAUGCGCUUGGGGCUGCACCAAGUGUUGCAGGACCUUCGAGAGAUUGAAAAUGAUGAUAUGAGAGUGCAGCUUACUGUAUUUGAUGAACAAGGAGAAGAAGAUUCCUAUGACCUGAAGGGACGGCUGGAUGACAUUCGAAUGGAGAUGGAUGACUUCAGUGAAGUCUUCCAGAUUCUGUUAAACACAGUGAAGGAUUCAAAGGCAGAGCAGCACUUCCUGUCUAUCCUGCAGCACUUACUCUUAGUCCGAAAUGACUAUGAGGCCAGACCGCAGUACUAUAAGUUGAUUGAAGAAUGUAUUUCUCAGAUAGUUCUGCACAAGAACGGGGCUGAUCCGGACUUCAAGUGUCGGCACCUCCAGAUUGAUAUUGAGGGACUGAUUGACCAAAUGAUUGAUAAAACAAAGGUGGAGAAAUCAGAAGCCAAAGCUACAGAGCUGGAAAAAAAGCUGGACUCCGAGUUAACAGCUCGACAUGAGCUCCAGGUGGAAAUGAAAAAGAUGGAAAGUGACUUUGAGCAGAAGCUCCAGGAUAUUCAGGGAGAAAAGGAUGCAUUGGAUUCUGAAAAGCAAAAAAUUGCCACGGAGAAACAGGACCUGGAAGCAGAAGUGUCUCAGCUCACAGGAGAGGUUGCCAAGCUGUCCAAGGAACUGGAAGAUGCCAAGAAAGAAGUGGCUUCUCUCUCUGCUGCAGUUACUGCUGUAGCCCCUCCUAGCAGUGCUGCUGUUCCCCCUGCGCCUCCUUUACCUGCUGACUCUGGGCCUGUUGUACCCCCUGUAUCAGUCCCCACACCCCCACUUCCUGAGGCCAGGGCCAGUCCUCCUCCCCCACCUCCUGCUCCUCCUCUACCUGGGUGUGCUUUCCUCCCCCCACCUGGGGGUCCUAGCAUCCCCCCUCCUCCCCCUUUGCCUGGAGGUGUUGGCAUCCCCCCCCCUCCUCCUCCUCCCCCUUUGCCUGGAAGUGUUGGCAUCCCCCCCCCUCCUCCCCCUUUGCCUGGAAGUGUUGGCAUCCCCCCACCACCUCCUCCCCCUUUACCUGGAGGUGUUGGCAUCCCCCCCCCACCUCCUCCCCCUUUGCCUGGAGGUGUUGGCAUCCCCCCCCCACCUCCUCCCCCUUUGCCUGGAGGUGUUGGCAUCCCCCCACCACCUCCUCCCCUGCCUGGGGGCCCUGGCAUCCCCCCACCCCCUCCUCUCUUGCCUGGAGGACCAGGAGUGCCGCCUCCCCCUCCCCCUUUUCCUGGUGGAAUCCCCCCACCCCCUCCAUUUCCUGGAGGCCCUGGCGUUCCUCCGCCUCUCCCUUUUGGAGUUCCUGCAGCCCCAGUUCUGCCAUUUGGAUUAACCCCAAAGAAACUUUACAAGCCAGAGGUGCAGCUCCGGAGGCCAAACUGGUCCAAGUUUGUUGCUGAGGACCUUUCCCAAGACUGCUUCUGGACAAAGGUGAAGGAGGACCGAUUUGAGAACAGUGAACUUUUCGCCAAACUUACCAGUACCUUUUCUGCCCAGACCAAGAGUGAGUCCUUUCCUCUUUCUGGCAAAGGGCCAAAUUUAGGACUAGGGGCCAGACUAGGACUUAGAAGGUUCAUUAAGGUGGUCUCCCAUUUCUUUCCCUUCCCUGGUUGAGGACUGAAGAGAGCU